AUGUUCCGUAACCGAAACAAUACUCAGAAGCCUGAUGAUGAAUUCAUCAGUCGCUUCCAACAAACAUUUUCUGAGAUCGUUCCCCGACGAGAAGGCGAACAUGAGCUUGAAGGGCACACCCCACUGAGCGGAAGGUAUGUCGCCAACAAGACAAUGAAUUUGGAACCGGGUGUUGAUUUGGUCUCUUUUGGAUACAGAUCGAUGGACCCCGAUCCUCACUUAAAGAUGGAGGAGGUUGGCAUGAAAUUUCACAAUCAACGAACCCCUCGCAACCUGCAAGAUCUUAACUUCAGCCCGUCAUGGAUGGACCCGGCCGCUAUGCAGAUGAUGUCUUCAUUUGCUGGUCAACAUCCUGGUUUCUAUACUCCCAAUUCCGCCGGAAUGGGUGCUGUUUUUCAUAACCAAGCUGGAGAUCUCCACACGCCGACUGCUGGCUUGAAUAUGUUUACGCCACUCUCUAUCUCGAAUGCCAUGUCCGGAUCCCAACAAGGUCAUCACCCUGUGCAUAUGGACCAACACCUUCAACAGCAGUAUGCCGGUGUUUCGCAACAAAUACCAGAUAUAAAUCCUUAUAUGCAACAAGCAUCAUUUGCCCCAAGCGCAUUCAUGCACCGGGAUUCGUUCGACGCCAUGGAUGAGUCGGGCGACAAUCGAUCCCUUCCCAGCUUACCAGUCGACCAAGUCUCGACUGUGACAUCUUCGACUGACCAUUCAAAUGGGUUGAACAUGCCAUACGCCCAAGGCGAAAACUUCCGAUACAAUGUCACUCUUCGAGCGCCAACUGCAAUGGUGAAGCACAGGCGAGAAGUCCCAAUCUCCUACCUCAACAAAGGACAAGCCUACAACCUAACAGUGAUCGACUCAAAUCCACCUAUGACCAGCACCGAGCCUGUGAAAUACCGCACGUUUGUUCGCGUAUCGUUUGACGAAGAAGAGCAAAGAGCGAAACCGUCAGUUUGCUGGCAAUUAUGGAAAGAAGGCCGAGGAUUGAACGAGUCACAUCAGCGCGGAGGAAAACUGUUAGCCGUUGAAUACGUUGACCCUCUCCAGGGGGGUGACAACAACAAACACCGCCAGAUACAGAUCGAGCAGAUGUCAUUUGAUGGAUUUUGUGUUACUUGGACAGCGAACCCGGGAACAGGUGCAUCCGACUGCACCAUUCCCGUACGAUUCAAUUUCCUAUCAACCGAUUUCAGCCAUUCGAAGGGUGUCAAGGGUAUUCCGGUUCGAUUAUGCUCGAAGACCGAGAUCCUCGUACCAGGGGAAGACACUGGUGACUCACACGAACCAGAAGUAUCAUACUGCAAAGUGAAACUUUUCCGCGACCAUGGCGCAGAGCGGAAACUAUCUAACGAUGUCGCACAUGUAAAGAAGACCAUCGAGAAGCUGAAGCAGCAAGUCGCACAGGCAGAGAUGGGCGGCGGCUAUGGCAAGCGGAAACGCGGCAAUGCUGCCGCAAAUAUGAAGAACGACCGGAACAUGAAGGGCCUGAAGCACAAGCGCACUUGGUCCGCAGGCUCUGACGAUGGACCGGCGGACAAAAUGUCUUUGGAAGAUGAUCUCCAGGCUAAGCUCGCUAUGAUGCAAGACAUGUUCUCAUCAACACGCACAGUGAGCGUUCUUGCGCUUCGCGGCGAUCCGGAUGAUGAUCCCGAUCUCUUUCCCGUUCGAAUGCCAGCCGACGGCGAUGGCAUUAAGGUGGAAGGCUUGGCUCUCAAGAACCACAACGCUUCUCAGUCUCUGGAAUCAUUGAUCCUCUCUCCGAGUAGCAGCAAUGCUUCUUUGAAUUCUCCUCGGUUCAGCAACUUCAAGAACAUGAGGAACUCUUCUGGAGUUCAGAAGGUUCCGACAGAGGAUUCCACGAUAGGCUACAUCGAGGCUAUCGAUAUUGAUCCGACCUACCGCCCUCCAGCAGAGCGACCGCCCAAGCCGAUCGCAUGCUUUUACGUUAGAUUUGCUGGAAACGACCAACAACCCGACUUUUACCGAGCAAUCUACCUUACAGAACGUACCGUCCGAGACCUAAUGAAGAAGAUUUCCGAAAAGCACCACAUCGACCCAUCACGCAUCGUUCGUAUCCUGCAUGUCAACCAGAACGGACUUCGGAUCAUGGUUGAUGACGAUGUCGUGCGCGAACUUCCAGAAGGUCAAGACAUGGUCGCUGAUAUUUACGAAGCUCAAGGCCCCGGCGGCGGCUUCCACGGGUCUCCCAUGGAGAUCAAACUCACCUAUUAA